AUGGAGUCCAAAGACGAUCCGGAGACCGAGCCUUACCGCUCCAAGUACCGGGCCCGGGAGCUCCUGCGGGAGGUGCGGGCUCUGCUGGGGGCGGAGGAGGAGAGCGGGGAGCGGCAGGAUGACGGAGCACAGGAUGAGGAUACACAGGGGAUCCUGGCUGCACGCCGGGCCGUCAUUGAAUUCCGCCUGGGGGUGAACCACACCGAGACCGAGGAGAUGUCUGCCGGGGAGGAGCACCUAGUGAAGGGGACCCGCUUCCUGGAGAAACACCGCCUGUCACAUGACUGUGUCUCCACCUACAUCCAGGCUCAGAAUAAUCUUGGAAUUCUCUGGGCUGAGAGAGGGGAGAUCAUGAUUGGACAGAGAUACCUGGAAUCUGCUGAGUCUUUGUACUGUCAGUAUAUGAAAAAAAUUGGCAAGCCCCCAGUGGAUCCAGAUGAACAUUUUACACCUGAGGAGCAGAAACUCACUGACCAGGAAAGAUCAAAGAGGUUUGAGCGUGUGUACACCCAUACAAUGUACUAUCUAGCGCAAGUCUACAAACAUUUGAAGCAGGAUGAGAAGGCGGCUCAGUACUGUCAUACAACACUGCAGAGGCAGCUGGAAUAUGAUGGCUACAACCCAGUGGAAUGGGGCAAUCAAUGCAGCCACUUUAUCACAGUACUAUCUGGGAAAGCAAUGCUACAUGGAAUCCAGGCACUGUCUUGCUGCUGCAAAUGUUAUCUUUAGCAAAGCUGGACAGACUCCUUCCCCUGAAGCUGCUCAAGAAGAUGAAGCUGAACAGGAGCGCCUUGAUCAACUCAGACAAAAAAAAAAGCUGAAAUAGCCAGAUGCUGGGUGAAAUAUUGUAUCAAUUUAUUGCAGGAUGCACGUAAAAAACUUGAGGACAGCAUAGGUGAACUUGAUGUUGAGCUUCAAGAAGAACUUAAAGCUAAACGUAGAAAAGAAGAAGAUGAGAAGGAGAAGGGCAGGAAGAAGGCUGUCCUAUUUGGAUCAAGUGACAUAUAUGACUCCAUUUUAGCUGUUGAAGAAAAAGUUGAAUGCUCUCUUCCUCUAGACUUCAAAGAAGCCAGGGAGGUUUUUCUAGUGGGGCAAAAUUAUAUAAACGAAGCCAAAGAAUACUUUCAGCUGGACGGACAUGUUACAGAUCACAUUGAAGUUAUCCAGGACCACAGUGUUCUGUUUAAGGUUCUGGCUUUCUUUGAGGAAGACUAUGAGCGGCGUUGUAAAAUGCACAAACGUAGGAUAGAUAUGUUGGAACCACUAUGUAAGGAGCUAAACCCACAGUUCUAUCUCCUAAUUUGUAGACAGCUUCAGUUUGAGUUGGCUGACACAUAUUAUGAGAUGAUGGAUUUAAAAGUAGCAAUUGGUAAUAAGCUAGAUGAGAUGGACUCUAGAUGGACUCACACAAUCAAAAAAAUCAACAGCCUGGCACAAUCUGCAAUCAAAUUUUAUGAGAUGUUUUUGGAUUCGCUACGAAGCCCAGAUAAGAAGUUCCCUGAGAAGCUCCAAGAGGAUGUUCUCCGUCCUGCUUUGGUAGCCAAAUUCCACAUUGCACGCCUCUAUGGAAAGCUAAUUUCCAGUGAUCCUAAGAAACAACUGGAGAACAUGCAAACGUCUCUAAAUUACUAUACAUUCCUAGUAGAUUACUGUGCAAUUGAUGAGGAAGCUGUGAAAUCAGUGGAAACCGAGUUGGAACUUACUAAGGAAAUGGUGGCUCUUCUUCCUGCAAGAAUGGAAAGGUUACAAGUGCAGUUGACCACCUUUGCUUAA